UCAGAGGGCAAGCCUGGGUCUUAGAGGACCUUUUGUGGGCAGCCGUGGGUGGAUGGAUCGUGAGGACGGCUGGCUUAUAGAGUUGAUAAAUGGGGCAGACCUCUGCAUUAUGACCCGGCUGCUGGGCGACGUGGACCCCUCGGACCCCUGCUUUGUGGCUGCCAUCGUCACCAUCACUUUCAACCCGCUCUUCUGGAAUGUGGCCCAGACUUGCCCCUUCUUCCUGAGGCGGGGGGGGGGGGGGGGGGGGGGUCUGCUCUUCUCCCUCCAAAAGCCUGGGACUUCUCAAGUAUCCUAGUGACGAGCACGGAACUCAUAUGGAUCCCGGUGAGGCCCAGAAGCCCCUGCUGUCCAGGAAAGCCUGUACCCUCCUGCCUGUGCCCACCCCUUCCCACCCGGCCUGGGCUGGAUGCCAUCAGCAGGGUGUGACUCGUUACCAGCCACCGGUUCUCGAGGUGGCGAGAUGGGAACAGAGAACCCGCAAGCUGAGCAAGGCCUUCCGAUCCCCCUACCUGGCCUGCUACUCCCUGGGUGCUGCCAUUUUGCUCCUGAACGUCCUGCGCUCGCACUGCUUCACGCAGGCCAUGCUGAGCCAGCCCAAGAUGGAAAGCCUGGAUAACCCCACGGCCUACCGCGUGGGCCUUGCGCUCCUGGGAAUAGGCAGCACGUUUGUGCUUUCCAGCUUCUUUGCACUGGGCUUCACCGGGACCUUCCUAGGCGAUUACUUCGGGAUCCUCAUGGAGGCAAGAGUGACCACAUUCCCAUUCAACAUCCUGGACAACCCCAUGUACUGGGGCAGCACAGCCAAUUACCUGGGCUGGGCCAUUAUGCACGCCAGCCCCACCGGCCUGCUGCUGACUGUGGUUGUGGCCCUCAUCUACAUGAUCGCCAUCCAGUACGAGGAGCCCUUCACCGCUCAGAUCUACCAGCAGAAAGCCUCCUCGUCCCGCAAGAGGAGCUGACCGGGCCUGCGGCCACUUCACUGAGGGUCUGCCGCCCCGGCCUGCCCCGAGUGCCAAGCCCUGCGGUGGGGAGCAGAGCGCCUGGCCGCGGUUCCGUGUUUGUACCUGAUGAGGGCCGCUCAGUGCCUUGGAAACCUCUGCCUCGGGGGCCCUGGACAUGCUGCCGUUUGGCCACUGAGCCCCCAGCCCCGCUGCCCCCAGAACAUCCUAACUCAACAAUAAAGGCACCCUGACGCCAGCA